UCGCCCCAUCCAGGUGAAGCCAGCUGACAGCGAGAGCCGUGGAGAAGACAGGAAGCUGUUCGUGGGGAUGCUGAACAAACAGCAGACGGAGGAGGACGUGUACCGUCUUUUCGAGCCCUAUGGAGUCAUCGAGGAGUGUACUGUGCUAAGAGGUCCGGAUGGAAAUAGUAAAGGCUGCGCCUUUGUAAAGUUCUCCACACACGCUGAAGCUCAGUCUGCAAUCAGCGCCCUUCACGGAAGUCAAACCAUGCCAACUGGCUCCGAUUCUCUCCUCCCUCAGGGCGCGUCGUCCAGCCUGGUGGUCAAGUUUGCCGACACGGACAAGGAGCGCACCAUCCGCCGCAUGCAGCAGAUGGUGGGCCAGUUUGGCAUCUUCAACCCUGCCAUCUCCCUGCCCUUCAGCACCUACAGCACCUACGCGCACGCGCUGAUGCAGCAGCAGGCGGCCCUCAUGGCUUCCAGUCACGGUGGCUACCUGGCGCCCAGCGUGGCCUUUCCCACCACCCAGAUCCACCAGAUGGGGGCGCUCAAUAUCAACAGCCUGCCACCCACCCCCAUGACCCCGGUGUCGGGCCUCAGCUCACCGCCUGCCAACAUCACCACAUCAGCCGUCCCCAGCAUUGUCACUCCUAUCGUCAACGGCUUUACCAGCAUCCCUCACCAGCCCAACGGACACCCUGCGGUCGAGGCCAUGUACACCAACGGACUGCCCUCUUAUUCCACCCAAAGCCCCACGGCUGCAGACACCCUACAACAGGCCUUCACCGGGGUGCAGCAAUAUACAGCCAUCUACCCAGCGACCACACUGACCCCUAUUGGCCAAAGCUUGCCACAGCCACCGCAAGUCAUUCAACAGCAGCAGCAGAGAGAAGGUGAGGGACCAGAGGGCUGCAACCUCUUCAUCUACCAUCUACCGCAGGAAUUUGGCGACAACGAGCUCAUGCAGAUGUUCCUUCCGUUUGGCACAGUCAUCUCCUCCAAGGUCUUCAUGGACAGAGCCACCAACCAGAGCAAAUGUUUUGGCUUCGUGAGCUUCGACAACCCAGCAAGUGCACAGGCUGCUAUCCAGGCCAUGAACGGCUUUCAGAUCGGCAUGAAGAGGUUGAAAGUGCAGUUAAAACGGCCGAAGGAUGCGAGCCGCCCGUACUGACAGGGCCCAACCCACACAGGGCUCUCAGCAACAGCACAGGAUUUGAAGAGUGAAAUCUCAAAAGGAAUUUUACUUUUUCUUUCAAAACAAGCAAGAACAACAUGAAUGGAUUUUUUUGAAGACAUAUCAGCAUUUAUUUUAUGAAGAUGUUCGGUACAGAGGAGGGGUUGCAGGUGAACCGGCACCCGUGGACAAACCACACUCGGCACAGCGCACGAAAGACAAGUGGAAGAUCUCUCUAAAGACAGAGAACUCAACAUGUCCUGUCUCUCGCUGAGCUUCGCACCGUCAGUCAAGCAACAAACAAAAAGAAAAAAAACGAGCGAGAACAACUUCAAUUUCUAUAUACAUAUUAUACACACAUAUGCUAUUUAAAGGAAGAGGCGCUUAUGGCUUUUAUUACGCUGGACAAAUGAGGGUUAAACUUGAAGACCAAGAUAAAAUGCAGUGGAAAAAAAAGAAGCUCUUCUUGUCCCGCUAGUGGACUUUCUUUCUCUUUUCCUCUUACCUUUUCUUCUGUCACCGUCUUUCAUCAAACGCAGGACAUUCUGUGGUCACAGAGGUUUCCAUGCCCUCAGUGAAACUGACAAAUCUUUCACCCCAAAGGGACCAAAGGACCAAACAUUUUUAUUCCUCAACAGAAAUAUAUGGUAUUAAUAACAAUACUAAUACUACAAACUACUACUAACAACAUAAGUUUAAAGAAAAAAAAGCAUAAAUAUUCGCUUCAGGUCGGAAGAGGAAAGGGAUUUUGAUUUCUUUUCCUUUUACAUUUAUAGCUACUGGGUUUCAGAAUAUUUAAACAAAAUAGAAAAAAACGAAGAAAAAAAGUAUUUUAAAAGCUAUACUAUUUUAGUGGAGUAGAAUAUGUGGAUUGGAGAUUGUUAGGAGCAUGUUCAGCCAUUUUCAUCCAUGAAGAAAAAAAACAAGGGGGGAAACUGUCCAUCAUCCAUCAUCUUUUUUUUUGCUCUGAGGUUCCUCAGAUGUCAAAAAUAGGCCCACAUUCCAGAGAACAAAUGCUGAGUAUAACUAUAUAUGCAUGUGCGAAGUGUUGCUGGUUUAGUGAAACCUUUGGCAGUUAUUCAGUACACACAAACAAACAUAUUUAUCCGAUGAAAGCUUUACUUAUCAAGCAGAAUAAGUACCUGUGGCUUCAACGCAAACUAUCCGCAAUAUA